AUGAAUCAACAUGCUCCUAACGCAUGCCUGCCUUGUUCUUCUCACAAGCGUGCUUGCGAUCGCUUAGUACCCGUCUGUAGUCGCUGUGCGAGACAUGGCACUUCUUGCCAAUACGAGCGGUCGACGGGGUAUCCGCAGAACUUUCCAGCAAUUCGGAGUACAAAUCAAUACGGCUUGCAAACCAAUACGGACCUUGACCAGUUACUGACGUCACGUCUCUUUGACACCCUCGCCAUCAUCGGGAUCAAAGCUAGCUUGGAAGAGCUAACGGAUGCGUAUCUAGUAUCCGUUCACCAAUGGAUACCGUUAAUCCAGUCAUGCAAUCUAAAAAAACAGGUUUCAACACUCACCAGCGCUCCACUUGCCGAGCUUUCGGUAUUCGUGCUACAGCUCAUCCUUGUUGUCCCACCCUCCUCUUUCCCACGCCCGUCAGACCAUGACGUCUUGCAUUGGUUGUACAAGCAAUGCAGAGAGACUUUUUCACUGCUUCAGGCACAUCGUCGGGACAGUCUGCUCACUAUUCAAUCUGGCCUUGUGCUCGCCAUCUUUGAACAGAGUCAAGGCCUCUAUUCGGACGCUUAUGUUACCUUGUCGAUCUGUGCUAGUCUCGGCUACGUUAUGGGCCUGGACUUUAUCACCCAUCCUACAGACAAUGUAUCUCAAGAGAAGAAAUACGUAUGGCAGGCCAUCUUUUUUGUCGACGUCUUGAACAACCUUUCAUUCGACCGAUGCAGUCGACCUGAACUGGUCCAGACCUCCGACACCUCUAAAAAGCCCGAAAUGUUCGGGGACCCUGGUUCGACGAAUUCGCAUCCUACAAUUCGAUCGCCUUCAUCAGAGGGAGUGUGUACCUUUGAUCACAUUGACCGGCAAAUACAGGCAGUGCAUGUUCUACGGCGUGUACUUCGAUUGACCAGAAACAAGGCUGUCUCGCUCGAGAUGCUCUUGGACUAUAAAUCAUGGGGCCUCGACUUCUUGAUUCAGCAGGGCAUUCACGAAGUAUUAAGCGCGCCUCAACACCACCUCGAGCGCCAGUACGCGGUCGUCGUCAUCUUCUUACUAUCGACUUUCGAGCUACAUAAGAAGAUAUUAGCGUGUUUGAAAAGCCAACACGGUCCUGUCGAAAUCAGAAAGAUAUCGGUCGCAGCGCUGGAAACAGCUUUGAACUUGAUUCAAGACUUACUCCGCGUGGAAGAAGACACUGGAUGUUUCGACGACAAGAUAAUGCCUAUAACUUUCGUCAUGCUCAUGGAAGAGGCAGGAUCCACGGCCAUACUACUAGAAUCCGAGUAUUCGCUCAACACUGACGGCGUGUUUCAACUUGCCCUGCGAGCAUUGAAAUGUGCAAGUAGUCGGUGGAUAGCAGCAGGUCAGAUUUGGACUUAUCCCCCGAGCAGAACUGAGAAUUAA